CAGUCGUUGGCAGACCAGGCGGCACAGCUCGAGCCACAACUCUAUGCUCGCGUAGGCCUGCGUCGUCUGGCGACCCCCUGCACGGCGUCCGAAGCCGUCUCCCACGGAUCUCAGCCCCACACGCCCGAGGAGGCCGCCGACGAGGCGGCGCUGGGUGCGCUGCUGGGGCAGUACAAGCGGGGCUGGUCUCUCCCGCCCAAGUUUUACAACGCCGAGGCCCUGCACCGCAUGGACAUGAAGAAGGUGUGGCAGACGUCGUGGCUCUUCGCCGGGUUCACCUUUCAGAUCCCCAACACCGGUGACUACUUCACCUACCAGAUCGGCGACGACUCUAUCAUCGUCAUCCGCGACGAGAGUGGUGGCAUCAGCGCGCUCUACAAUGCGUGCCGACACCGUGGGUCGAAGAUCUGCACGAAGGAGGCAGGGCGGGCCACCCGCUUGGUGUGUCCCUACCACCAGUGGACCUACGCUCCCGACGGCCGCUUGCUGCGGGCCAAGUGGAUGGAGCAGGAGGGCUUCCGCACGGAGGACUUUGGGCUGGUGCGGGCCAAGGCCGAGGAGGUCGACGGGCUCGUGUGGAUCUCGCUCGCCGACAACCCGCUGCCGUUCGAGGAGGCCCGCCCCAUCAUCUCGAACGAGAUCAAACCGCACGAGUUCCAUUUGGCCAAGGCGGCGCAUGUGGCAGACUACGAUAUCAACGCCAACUGGAAGCUGGUCUACGAGAACAACAGAGAUUGCUACCACUGCAACGUGGGCCACCCCGAGUACAUCAAGGCCAACUACGACACCGCGUUCAUCUACGUCAAGAACGCCGACGGGAGCUUCUCCCGGCAAACUGAUCCCAGCGUGUCCAACCGGGACGAGAUCGAAAACUUUAUGGCGGAGAAGACGAAGGAGUGGCAGCAGAUGGGCCUCAACACGAUGUGCUCCCCCGCGUCGUCUUUCCCGGGCGCAGGGUGGUACCGUGCGUCGCGUACGCCCCUGCGCAAGGGCUUCGUGACCGAGUCCCUCGACGGAAAGCCCGUCUCCAAUCCGCUCCUCGGCUCCUUCAAGGACAGGGACGUGGGAUCGAUGCGCGUCCACACGCUGCCCAACUUCUGGAUUCACGCCUCUGGUGACCACGCCGUCGCCACAAGGUUGACGCCCGCUGGUCCUCAAAAGACAAAGGCGCGAGUGUGGUGGCUAGUGCACAAGGACGCCAAGGAGGGCGUGGACUACACCCUCGACAGGCUCCUGCCCAUCUGGCAGAGGACCUCCGAGCAGGAUUGGGAACUGUGCGAGCUCAACCAGAUGGGCGUCAACUCGUCGCGUCACACGCCCGGCCUCUAUUCGGAGAAGAAAGAGGCCGGUGUGGACAAGUUCACCCAGUGGUACAUCAAGAAGAUGUCCGCCUGA